AUGGCCUUUAGGACUCGUGGCUGCUGCUUCGAACCUAUCAACGCCACGCUGGAGUCCCUGGAACCGGGGUUCAUCUUGCCUCCGGUCUGCUUCUACCCGGCCAACUACCUCGGCUACAAAGUGGAGUCCAUUGGCCGGACUCCGACCAGGACGUCCGUGAGGCUCAAGAGGGUGACGCCCUCGGGGCUUCCGGACGACAUCGACCAGCUGCAGGCGGACGUCAUCCACUACAGCGACAACACAGCACGCAUACGAAUCUACGACCCGCGAAUGAGCCGCUAUGAGGUGCCGCUACCCAACGUCGCCAACCAGGAAUUCUACUUCCCGGUGAUGUACGAAACUUCCGUCAGUAAGUCGGGCGACAUUGAGAUCAUCCGUCCGACUUCCCGGAAACUCGUGUUCCACACCAACCUGUCGACAUUGGUGUAUGCGGACCAGUUCCUUCAGCUGUCGACGUACAUUCCCUCCCGCUACGUGUACGGCGUCGGAGACGUCAAAUCGCCGCUGCUUCGUAGCACCGACUGGCAAAAAAUCACCCUCUUCAACGCCGGACGAUCCCCCACGGAGGGCAAAAAUCUUUACAGCAGCCAUCCGUUCAUGCUCAUUCACGAAGAAACGGGCGAAAGCUGCGGCCUCUUCCUUCUCAACAGCAACGCAAUGGACAUCGUGCUGAAGCCCAGUCCGUCCGUGACCCUGAGGAGCACAGGGGGGAUCGUGGACCUUUUUGUGUUCAUGGGGCCGUCGCCCGAGGCCGUAGUCCAGCAGUACACGGCAUUGGUGGGGAGGCCCUUCAUGCCGCCCUACUGGGCGCUGGGCUUCCACCUCAGCCGGUGGGGCUACAACAGCAUCGACGAUGUCAAAGAGACCAGGAAGCGGAACCUCAAGGCCGGCCUUCCUAUCGAGGCUAUUUGGCUGGAUGCAGACUACAUGGAAAACCUGAAACCCUUUACGUACGACAGGGGCAGGUUUGCUGGUUUGCCAGAGUUCGCUCAAGACCUUCACAAGCGAGACAUGAAGUUUAUCCUCACCGUGCAUCCCGGGAUCGACGCUAACCUCGAAAAAGGCUCCUACUUGCCCUUCGACGAGGGACACAGAAUGGCCGUGUUCGUGCGGUCCGAGUCCGGGGACUACAACUACGGCAUGGUUGGAAACCGAAGUCGUCUGGUCUUUCCCGACUUUACCCACCCGCUGAGCGGAGACUACUGGAGCAGGAUGAUCUCCUAUUUCCACGAUGUGGUGUCUUUCGACGGCCUCUGGCUCGACCUGAACGAGCCGUCCAGCCUGUACAACGGGUCUGAGCGCGGCUGCCCGUCGUCGGUGCUCGAGGAACCGCCUUACGUUCCCGGGGAAGGCCGCGAGGCGCUGCGAACCAAGACCCUGUGCAUGAGUGGGAGGCACUUCCUCUCGCGCCACUACAACCUGCACAACCUCUAUGGUUACACCCAGACCCUCCGGACCUACGACUCCUUACGGCAGGUCACCUUGCGCCGACCGUUUAUCAUUUCCCGGUCAACGUUCUCGGGCCAGGGUCGUUACUCGGGGCACUGGAGCGGAGACAUCGAAUCUGACUGGGACUCCCUCCGCUCUUCCAUAUCGUCGAUGCUCACCUUCAACAUCCUUGGCGUUCCGCUGACCGGCUCGGACAUCUGCGGCUUCUGGGACAACACCACCGUGGAGCUGUGCAACCGCUGGCACGCCCUGGGCGCCUUCUAUCCGUUUGCGAGGAACCACAACGCCAAGGGAAACAUCGACCAAGACCCCGUGGCCAUGGGAAGUCAGGUGGUGGCGACGGCCAAGAAGACGCUCAAGAUACGCUACUGCUUCCUGCCCUACCUGUACACACUCUUCUACCGCAGUCACGCCUUCGGAGACACAGUGGCAAGACCACUUUUCUUUGAGUUUCCGAAGGAUGUGAACACGUUCGCCAUCGAUUCCCAGUUCAUGUGGGGACCGGCACUGAUGAUCCUGCCUAUUCUUGAACCGAACAUGACGGACGUGAAGCCCUACCUUCCCCGGGGCAUCUGGUACGACGUGAUGCUGGGCGCACCGUUUCACAGCGCGGGCGAGGACUUCCAGAUGACCCCCUUGAACGACACCCUGUGCCUGCUCAUUCGGGGUGGCCACGUGGUGCCGUCGCAAGAACCGGCCCAAACAACAGCAGCUAGUCGCCUUAAACCCUUCAACCUGCUUGUGGCUCAAAACCGAGACGGGUUGGCCUCAGGAGAGCUGUACUGGGACGACGGAGAGUACAUCGGUUCCUACGAGAAGGGGGAAUACAGCCUCGUCAAAUUCAUCGCCGUCAAGAACACGGUGUCCAGCAUGUGCGUGCACUGCAGUUACGACACCAUCAUGUUGCUGAACGCCGUCACGGUGUACGGCGUCGGCGAAAAGCCCGUUGACGUCCGCUUCAACAAGCAGUCCACCAACUUCACCUACAACCCGUCCGGGCAGUUCAUGAAGGUGUCCAGUCUCCACUACCAGCUUACGAAACCUUUCGUUUUGACAUGGAGCCGCUGA